GCCCACAAACUCUGCUCUCCUCCUAUCACCUCCACUCCACACACACAGAGCCAAAUUCAUUCUCCUUCUUCCUCCUCUCUCUCCUCGAUCUCUUCUUCCCCACCACACACCAGCUAUAGCCUGCACCACCAGCUAGCUCUAGCUUCCCCUGCGCGCGCGUGCAUGCAGUGCAUGGCGCAGGAGGGCUCCGAGGCCUCCGUCGCCAGCUCGCCGCCGGCGGCGGCCUCCUCCUCAUCAACGUCCUCCGCCGCCGCCGCGGCCUCCUGGUGGCGCGACAAUAUGCACCCGGUCGCAUACGGCGCCGCCUGGCCGCCCCCGCAAGCAGCCGCGGCGCCACGGUGGCCCCCGAUGGCCGCGCAGCACCAGCACCACGGCCGGACGACGACGUCCUCUGGCGGCGGCGCCGACGACGACCUCUCCGCCUCCAACGCCACCAUGACGUCCUUCACCAACACCUCCACCACCAACCACUCUGGCCUCAGCAUGGACUCCUCCGUCCCCGGCGCCGAGGCUGCCGCCGCCGCCGCCGUCGCCGCCGAGAGCCACCUCUGGAACCAAGUCCUCAUGGGCGCCGGCGGCGAGGUCGGGAGGAGCAUGCAGGCCGUGCACGACGCCCAUGACGACAGCGAGAACUUCCUCGAGCUGCUCAACUCGAGGACGCUCGCGCCGGAGCUCUUCGCCGAGCCGCCGGCCUGCGACUACCUCAAGAAGAUGGAGUACGGCAGCAGCCACGGCGGCGGCGGAGGAGGAGGAGGAUGGCCGGACCACCAGUUCACGGCCGCCGCGCUGGAGAAGCACCUGAGCUACGGCGCCGCGCUCGCGCACCACCAGCACCACCACCACGCGGCGGCCGGAGCGCCUGAGCGGCUCACGGCGAACCUGUCCGACCUCGUGAGUAACUGGUCCAUCGCGCCGCCCGACCCGUGCCUCGGCGACGCGCAUCACCGCGCCGGCGCCGCCGCGGCAUGCGAUAACGCCGCGGUGGCGUCCUUGGGCCACGGCGCCAAGCCCGGCUUGUUCCUGGACUCCGGCGGCCUCUGCAAGCACGAGAUGAGCGGCCACGGCGGGAUGCUGCAGGAAGCAGCUGGCGGCGGCGGCCAAGAAUUCCUCCGGCCGACGGGGUACAGCUCCAUGCUCGGGCUCAGCAGCAGCAACAGGAUGUACGGUGCCGGCCCCGCCAUGGACGUGCCGUGGGGCAACAAUGCCGGCGCGGCGAGGAGCCUGUCGGACCUGAUAUCCUUCGGCGGAGCGCCGCUGGGAAAGCCGGAGCAGCCGGCGGCCACGGCGACGAAGGCGCAGGCGGAGUACAAGAAGCAAGGGCAGGAGAUCUCGUCGCCGGCGAAGACGAGUAGCGGCGGCGGCAGCAAGGGGAGCUCGGAGGGGAAGAAGAAGAGAUCGGAGGAGCAGCAGGGGUCGGAUGGGAACACAAAGAAGUCCAAGAAUGAGGCCUCCUCGCCCACGUCGUCUCUCAAGGCAUCGCAGGUGCCGAAAGUGAAGUUAGGAGACAAGAUCACUGCGCUGCAACAGAUCGUUUCACCAUUUGGAAAGACCGAUACAGCAUCAGUUCUGUAUGAGGCGAUAAAUUACAUCAAGUGGUUGCAUGAACAAGUGCAGUUGCUGAGUGAUCCAUACAUGAAGACAAGUAGUAGCAAGGACUACAAUGCAUGGGGAGGAUUGGAUAGGAAGGAGAAGUCGGAGGCAGAGAUGGACCUGCGAAGUAGAGGCCUGUGCUUGGUACCCGUCUCAUGCACGCCUCAAGUGUACAGGGAUAACAAUGGCCCGGACUACUGGACGCCCCCAUAUAGAAGCUGCUUAUACAGAUGAAUUUAUUAGUAACUAUUUUUAUUCGAUUGGUUACCUUAAUAAUUUGUGGUGAAUAUAUAUCUGUUAAAGAAGACAAAUCACGAUUAGCUGCAUGAGUUAAUUUAAAUCAAAACCCUGAUGUAUCUGGUUCUUAAUUAGAGGCUUCGUGCCAUUAAUCUCAUCAGCAUUGAUAUUGAUGUAUUAAUUCUUUUUUACUCCAAGUGAGAGAUAUCUUAUCAGCCUUGGUAUGA